AUGUCCCGUGAAGCCUACCAAGUCCCCUCCCUCGGCGGCGGCAAUGCUUUCAGCAACGACAACCUCGGUGCGGGUUCUCUCGACGGUCCUAUCGUCGCCUACCUGUGCGGUGACUGCAACGCCCGUGUGUCACUCAAGCGAGGCGAUCAGAUCCGCUGCAAGGAGUGUGGACAUCGUGUUUUAUACAAGGAGCGGACGAAGCGAAUGGUUCAGUUCGAGGCGCGAUAG